UUAGAAUUUACAACAAUACCCCUUGUCCCCCCACUCUCUCCUUCUCUCUAUAUUUACAUACUUCCUUCCAACACUGGCUUCGCAAUCCAGUUCCACUCACCUCUCUCUGAUUCUCUCUCCGUUUUUCAAAAAGAGAGAAUAAUGGGGUGGGCCAUAGCUCUACACGGCGGCGCCGGGGAUAUCCCAGUUUCACUAGCGGCAGAGCGACGCCAGCCACGUGAAGCAGCGUUGCGCGACUGCCUAAAGGUCGGUGUGAAUGCUCUCAAAGCCCAAAAGUCUCCCCUCGACGUUGUCGAACUUGUGGUUCGUGAACUAGAAAACAAUCCACAUUAUAAUGCGGGUAGGGGAUCUGUCUUAACUAGAGAAGGCACAAUUGAAAUGGAAGCUUCCAUUAUGGAUGGCAACACUAAAAGAUGUGGAGCAGUUUCUGGGCUUACUACCGUAGUUAAUCCCAUAUCCUUGGCACGACUUGUCAUGGAGAAAACUCCUCAUAUAUAUCUUGCUUUUGAUGGAGCAGAAAGAUUUGCAAGGGAACAAGGUAUUGAAACUGUAGAUUCAAGCCAUUUUAUAACUCAAGAAAAUAUUGAGAGGCUAAAGCAGGCAAAGGAAGCGAAUAGAGUUCAGAUUGAUUAUACACAACCGAUUCAAAAAGAUGAGAAGAAAGAGACACCAACAGCUAAUGGUGAUAGCCAAAUUGGGACGGUUGGAUGUGUGGCUGUUGAUAGUCAUGGGAAUCUAGCUUCUGCAACUUCUACUGGUGGAUUAGUGAACAAGAUGGUUGGUCGGAUUGGGGACACGCCCAUCAUAGGGGCAGGGACAUAUGCCAACAAUCUCUGUGCAGUUUCAGCUACAGGAAAAGGUGAAGCAAUAAUGCGGGGCACUGUUGCAAGAGAUGUGGCUGCUCUUAUGGAAUUCAAAGGUCUUUCUCUCAAGGAGGCUGCAGCUUAUGUUGUAGAGGAGUGUGUUCCAAGAGGCAAUGUUGGCUUGGUUGCUGUCUCAGCCAAAGGAGAAGUCACGAUGGCUUAUAAUACAACAGGCAUGUUUCGAGCUUGUGCUACUGAAGAUGGGUAUUCAGAGAUUGCAAUAUGGCCUUCUGUGCAAAACUGAGUGCUUUAGGUGAGUUUCAGUUACUUGAGUCCAGCAAGUUGCUUCAGAUGACUCACUGUGAGUCACUCACUCUUAGUAUUUGGCAAAUGACUAGUAUUUAUAUCUUGCUGUAUUAUCCAAAAUAAAGGCAAAUGAUUGUUAUUAUGUGGUCGGACCAACAAGUAGGAUUAACUUUUCAAUAAAUUAACAUCACUGCACCACAUUUACCACUUUACAA